AUGGCUGAUCCUCGAUGUGUGAUGUGGCAACUUGGAUACAAGCAAUUACCUAGAUGCAUGACAGCCUCUCAUGAAAGGUGCAUUCUUGAGUUUUCUCAGUGCAUGACAAGUUUCACAAAGUUGAGGGUAGAGUAUGAUCCAACUCCAGAACCUACACAUUGGAGGGAUAGGGAACCACGUCGUUUGGUAGAUGCUACUACUUGGGAGCUCAUGAACAACGGUGAUGAAGCCGACCCAACCUACAUUGAUGAUUACUUGGGAUGGUUACAUACUUUUGUCGUGCGCUCGGAAGACGUCGAAGUUCCACCUCAGAAAAACCCUCCCGUUCCAACUCCUAUAGAGGCACCACCUACGAUGACCCAACUUAAUAAGAACGUUGGAUUGAUAAAUUGUUUGAAUUCAUUAAAAGCUAAUCAUAAUAAGAUUAUUGAUUUACCAGGAGAAGAUGAGAAAUAUAGAGUUGAUGUUCAAUAUACAGGAAAUAGUAUUGCUCCUGACCCUAGUUUAUAUUACAGACCAGUUAUCGGGAUAUUAACACAUCCUGGUGAUGGUGCUUCAGGAAGGUUAAAUAAGGAUAAAAACGCUUCCUACAUAGCAGCUUCUUACGUUAAGUUUAUCGAAUAUGCUGGUGCUCGUGUGAUUCCUCUCAUUUAUAAUGAACCCCGAGAGAUUCUGUAUGAAAAACUCAACUUAGUUAAUGGAGUGCUUUUAACUGGGGGCUGGAAAAAAAGUGGUUUGUACUAUGAGGUUGUUGAAGGUAUUUUUAAGAGAGUUCUUGAGAGGAAUGACACUGGUGAUCCUUUUCCUUUAUUUGCCAUCUGCUUAGGCUUCGAGUUAUUAUGUAAGGUUAUAAGCAAAGAUGCUAACAUUCUUGAAAAGUUCAGCGCACAUAACCAUGUAUCUACCCUGCAAUUCAGCAAGCCUAUCGAUAUCCAAGGCAGUGUUUUCCAACGGUUCUCUCCUGAUCUGCUACAGAAGUUAACUAGAGAUUGUCUUGUCAUGCAAUUGCACAAGUGGGGUGUAUCGCCGGAGAGGUUUCGGCAGAAUUCUGCAUUGUGCAGUUUUUUCAGGGUCUUGACUACAUGCAUCGAUGAAGACGACAAGGAAUACAUCUCAACUGUACAAGCACGCGAUUACCCUAUCACUGCUGUCCAGUGGCACCCAGAGAAAAAUGCUUUUGAAUGGGGAUAUUCGGCCAUUCCCCACUCGGAGGAUGCCGUUCAAGUUACUCAACAUGUUGCAAACUAUUUUAUCAGCGAGGCAAGAAAGUCCUUAAACAGGCCAAGAACUAGAGAUGUCCUUGACAACCUUAUUUACAAUUACAAUCCCACUUAUUGUGGAAAGGCUGGGAGGGGGUAUGACGAAGUUUAUAUAUUCUCUCAACCGGAAUCGAAAAGUUCUAACUUACCUCUUACGUAG